UUCGCCGCUGUGGCUGGAAGGAGUUCCUGGACCGGGAAUCGACCAACGAGAAAUCUGCUGCAUCCGAUUUAACACUCAGAUUGCAACUGCACCCCAAAUGCAAUUCUGCUUUUAGUUCGAUUUUGUGCGAUUAGACGGCUUUAAACUGCUUAAAAUAAUUUUCUCGGGCACCUAAACUCGCAGUGAUCCCAUCAGUCAAUCGUGGGAAGUGUUUCCGGUAAAUUUUCCCGACCGUAAAAACAUUUUCAAAAUCCCAAGUUGAAACGGUCUCUGUGCAGCGUUUAUCAACUUUGUGGACCGAACGAGAAUAACCUCCCCACCUUGAUCGUGUGUGUGUGCGCUGAAAUGCAUUGAGCUGUCAGUUUUUUUGCUGCUGUGUGCAAGAGACAGUUGUGCUAUGAGCUGGGUGUGAAGGAGAUAACAAGUGAAACGACGCCAUUGACGCAAAAUAGCUGUCAAAAUCGAAUUGCUGUCAAACGAUCUGAGAAAAACUUUCGAAUUGUGAGAAAAUUGUAAGACGUUUUUUCGGGAAAACUGGAAAAUUUUUAGUGAAUUGAAGGCGCCCAGUGCUUGCGCUAGUGAAGGGGUGCGUAGUGAAGUGUUUUGACGGUGAUUUAGACAAGGAGACGACCAAUUGGAAGCUGGCGUUCGAAGACAAUAUUGCGCGCCUACAUUCAAAAGUGAUCUACUUGUAAACCUACGGGAACGCCACGACUUCGAGCUUAUCUACCAACAUUGUGAAGUGUCUCCAAUAAGUGCUAAGUUGUUCAUGCAACAUAGAUAACAAAUUUAAUAAAUAAUAUGUGAAUCGGAGCGGUCAGAGUGUAACGUAUGUACACGAUUUCGGAAAAGUCCAUAUUCGAAUCUAGAACGCCCAAUUUCUGCUAAAAGCCGGCAACCAUCGACCUACGCAUUCUACCCCACACUAAACCGCUGUAUUCGCCUAAUAAUAGUCACAUAAAUUUGAACUCAAUUCUUAUGUACGUGUACCGUGAAAUUAACAACUCCUCGGAACGUUUAUUGACUUGAAACAUUAUCAAAAUUAUCGGCAAGUGCAGUGACUCCCUGUAAUCUAUUUUAGAUCAGCCGUUUAUCUUUUAGCGCGUCCUAAACUUCGUAUGAAACGAGAUUGUACUGAGUGGAAUUAGCAAUAGUGUUUCCGCCGAAUACAGGAUAAAAGCAACAUAGGAUACUAACAGUCUUAGUGUGUUGUGAACUGUGGACUUUGUGAACUGAAAGGACUGGACCCAAUUUAGUGAAAAUGUUUAGUCCGGACUAUGAGAAACGCAUUUUAAAACAUUGCAGUCCAGUUGCGAGGAAUUUGUAUAAUAGUUUCGAAGCGGCGAGUUCAUCCACAUCUUACGAUCGAUUUAUACCUUGCAGAGCAAAUAACAAUUGGGUAACAUCAUUCGCCUCAAUACAGAAAUCAAAUGAAAACUCACCACAAACUAACAAGAAACAAAGAGAUUGUGGUGAAUUAAUGCGUGAUAGUUUUGCAUAUUCAUGCUUAUUAAAAAAUGAGUUACUGGAUGCUGACAUUGAUGAUGUAAAAGCCGUGAGCGAUGAUCGAAAUGAAAAUAACUACAUACCCAGUGCAAAGAAGAAUCUAUUCAACUAUAGAUCGCCACAAAAACAGGAUGAACACUGCGUUUCACUAUCACCAGUUAGUAUAAAAAGUCAAAAGUUGCUCCGAUCACCCCGAAAAGCAACACGAAAGAUCUCAAGAAUUCCGUUUAAGGUUUUAGAUGCACCAGAACUUCAGGAUGAUUUUUAUUUAAAUUUAGUCGAUUGGUCAUCACAAAAUGUUCUAUCAGUAGGACUAGGUAGCUGCGUAUAUCUGUGGAGCGCUUGCACGAGCCAGGUGACGAGAUUAUGUGAUUUAAGUCCGGAUACCAAUACAGUCACUUCAGUAUCGUGGAACGAACGAGGCAAUUUAGUAGCGGUAGGAACACACCACGGAUACGUUGCCGUUUGGGAUAUGGCGGCUAAUAAACAGAUCAACAAAUUAACCGGACAUUCAGCUCGCGUCGGUGCUCUUGCGUGGAACGGAGAUGUUCUCUCCAGCGGAUCACGAGAUCGUCUUAUCAUGCAGCGUGACACAAGAACUCCGCCCCAGCAGUCGGAGCGACGAUUAGCCGGACACCGUCAAGAAGUGUGCGGACUAAAAUGGUCCCCCGACAAUCAAUACCUAGCCAGCGGUGGCAAUGACAACAGACUCUACGUAUGGAAUCAACAUUCCUUAAAUCCUGUGCAAUCCUAUUCAGAACACAUGGCCGCAGUUAAAGCAAUUGCUUGGUCACCUCAUCACCAUGGCCUUCUUGCAAGUGGGGGCGGAACAGCAGAUCGUUGCAUUCGCUUCUGGAACACCCUGACCGGACAGCCGAUGCAAUGUGUAGACACUGGAUCACAAGUUUGCAAUUUGGCGUGGUCGAAACACUCUUCAGAAUUAGUCUCGACGCAUGGCUACUCACAGAAUCAGAUCCUCGUUUGGAAGUAUCCGUCAUUGACGCAGGUCGCCAAAUUAACAGGACAUUCCUAUAGAGUACUGUACCUUGCACUGAGCCCAGAUGGUGAGGCGAUUGUUACAGGAGCGGGCGAUGAAACCUUACGAUUUUGGAAUGUAUUUAGCAAAGCACGAAGUCAAAAGGAGAAUAAAAGUGUAUUGAAUUUAUUCACCAAUAUUAGAUAAAUGAGAGCUGCCCGAAACAGUAGAGAAACGAAUACUAGCGCAAUAUUAAUAUUAAUUUUAAAUUGUAGCAAGAUUUAUAUUUCGUAGGGUUUCCUGUUUUUUGCCAGGAUUCAUGAUACGCAAGAACAUAAGUAUCAUUUUUUCUCUUUAUUUUUUUAAAAUAUUUAAGUCGUUACGGCAUCCAUUGCAGCAAAAUUGGUUUGUCGUUUCGUUUCUAUUUUGAAGGCAAAUUUCGAAGUAUCCUUUCUAUCUGAUCUCUUAUUUUUUUAUGAGUAUACUGUCGUUAUAUUGGGAGGAAUUGAAAUUGUAUUUUUUAUCACUUUUCACAUGAAUUAUAUUUGCGAUCCUCUUUCAAUUUUACCCGAAUGUCGGGUAGGUAUUUUUUCGAUAUACAUUUUAUUUUUAAAAGGAAACCUUUUGGGGUGAUUGUUUUCAACAAAACGACAAUGAAGCAUUAAUGUUUUGUUUAGCUCAAUAGUACACAUUAAUUAUACAUACAAUACAUUUUUAACUUUGGAUUAUUCGAUGUUCCCCGAAAUAACAGAUCAGAUUGAAAUCAUCUUCCCUAUACUCAGAUUGAAUGAAAUAGUGCGUACAUGAAAGGUCGACUGUGUGAAAUUAUGAAUUGUUUUUCUUGCUGACAUUUUCUUUCAAUGAACUUGUCUCAUUGCUCUUUAAAGGAAUGUAAUCUACAUUUAGAUUUGAUUUCGAAUGUGCUUAUUUAUAUAUUGUACUAUAUACAACCAAGAUGUUUAUUUUUGAUGAGUUACAUGAAUGCGAUUAUACACAUGCGUGCAUAUAUUGAAUAUAUGAUCAAGCAAGAAGGAAAUUGUGUAUGAUUUAAAGUUAAUUUUAUUGGAUUAAACUUAUAUUACAACGGCAAUAUAUACCGGAUAGGAUCAAAUCAUCCCAAAUCAAAGAACUUUGAGGGGGGCAUUCACUGAUAGCACUUGGAAAUCAUUGGUAAAUUCUGCCAGACCUUAUGCGGAUGGACCGAUCGACUGAGACUAGGAUAAACAUUUCUUCAGCAGCCAAGUUAAAUAAGUAUCUGUUAUUUGUAUAUCCGAACAGUUCUACUACUAUUAUAACAGAAAAUCCAUAUCAAAUACGUAUUAAUAAACUUUCUGAACAAACAGCAAACCAAUAAAGUGUCACUUACCAGAUAAACUCAACUUGAAAGCUAAAAGAUACCAGAAAAUCAAUCCUACAUCAAAAUAAAUUUUAGAAUUUAAUUGAUCGCUUUAAGUUUCUGUUUUGUGAUGUUUUAUAUUAGUUUAGAGUGUAACAAACAAUAUAAUUUAAAAAUAUGUACAUAAGGGUGAUUUAUUCUGAACCGAUUUCAAAGGCAUAUACACGAAACUGUAUUUAUUAUAUCGAAAGAAAGAAAAAAUCAAGAAAUACUAGAUAUUUAUGCUACUAACAAAUGCAUAAAUCUUUACUAUUUCAAAAGUUAUAUAUACGAAUACUCUGUGACUAAAACUGAUUACCAAUAUGUGUCCUAUCAAAUACAGCUUACAUCAUCUCAGAAGGGCUGUUCUGAGUUAUCGAACAAUCAUUGCAGCAGUUCCCGCUUUGAAGAAGAUUGAAUACUUUGGCAGCCUGCACGUUCUACAUAAAGUACCAUUCUUGAGAGUUCAUUGUUUUCGUAAGAAUGAAUAGACCGAAACAAUCACUUUUGGGCACAGAAUAUUCUUAACUCGAAAGUAGAUCGAUGUUUUGAUUUGACGACAUAUAGAUCUCCCUACAAUAAUCCUCGAAACUAAACAUCGAUCGUUUCCACCUUUUCAUUGAUAAGUCAUGAAUUUGAUAACAAUUAUACAAAAAUGUGAUUUCGACAUUGCUUAAUGCAAAUCGGGGCAGUGAACAAUUCAAUUAAACUACCAGAAAAUUCUUUGCCUAUUGCUAAGCUUAAAUUUCUAAAUUUUGUCUUAUAACUUUUCUAAUCUGAUCCCUAAAAUUCAAAUCAUGUAUUGAAAAUUUGAAGCUUUUGAUUGAAUUAAAAAUAUGGAAAUUAUUAGCUUCCAGCCUUUGUCAUUUUAUUGUAAAUAACAAUAAAGAAUUCAUUGAUUAAGCUAUA